AUGGACAUGUUCAAGAGCAGAGCGCCGUUCAAGCGCAACGAUACUGGCGAUAUCGGGACAGCGAGUGUAAAAGAGUAUGGCGUGAGCAAUGAGAAGGAGCUUCCAGCCUACGACAAUGAGGUCGCCGAGCGUCGUGGUUCAGUUGCAUCGUACAACAUCAGUGGUAUCCACGACGAGACGCACAGGAAGCUGAAGCCGCGCCAUAUCCAGCUGAUCGGUAUUGGUGGCACUAUUGGUACUGCGUUGUAUGUCCAGAUAGGACGUGGCCUGAUGAACGGUGGUCCUGGAAGUCUCUUCAUUGCUUUCACUUUCUGGUGCUCUGUCGUUCUCGCUGUGACAAUGUGCAUGGCUGAGAUGGUGACAUAUCUGCCAAUCUCGUCGCCCUUUAUUCGGUUCGCUGGACGAUACGUCGAUGAGGCCUUCGGAUUCGCCGCCGGAUGGAACUUCUUCGUCUUCGAAGCAAUCCUCGUACCCUUCGAAAUCACCGCCUGCAACGUCAUCAUCCACUACUGGUCAGACGUGUUACCAACAGGAGCCACAGUGGCCAUCGUUCUCGUCCUCUACGGCGUGAUCAACCUCGUCAACGUGAAAUGGUACGGCGAGGUCGAAUUCUGGGCAGCGCUCGGCAAAGUCUUGCUCAUCAUUGGCUUGAUCUUCUUCACGUUCGUGGUCAUGCUCGGCGGCAACCCACUAGGCGACCGAUUUGGAUUUAGGUAUUGGAAAAACCCAGGAAGCUUCAAGCCCCUCUACUAUGAUGGCAAUCUUGGCUACUUCUUGGGGUUCUUGCAAUGCCUGAUUCAGGCGUCCUUCGCGAUUGCUGGACCAGAUUAUGUCUCCAUGGCUGCUGGUGAAGCUGAGAACCCACGGACUGUCAUGCCAAAGGCUUUCAAUGCCGUAUUUUACCGACUCACGGCAUUCUUCGUCCUAGGUGCUCUCUGCGUUGGCAUCCUCGUGCCGUACAACGACCCCGAAAUGAUGGCAGCAUUCACAAACGAUGAACCUGGUGCCGCGGCCUCCCCAUAUGUCGUUGCCAUGAACCGGCUCCGAAUUGGGGUACUUCCGCACAUCGUGAACGCCCUAGUCCUUGCAUCCGCGUUCUCGGCCGGCAACAGCUACAUGUAUUGUGCAUCUCGUUCGCUGUUUGGAAUGGCCCUCGAGGGCAAGGCGCCCAAGAUCUUCACCAAGACCAACAGCAUUGGUGUGCCGUACAACUGCGUGAUCGCUGUCCUGGCCAUCUGCUUGCUAGCUUUCUUGCAAGUCAGCGCCGGGUCCGCGAAGGUUCUGGGCUGGUUCGUGAACUUGAUCACGGCCUCGCAGCUCAUCAACUUCAGCUUCAUGUGCUUCACGUUCCUGAUGUGGAUGCGUGCUUUGAAAGCACAAGGCAUCGAUCGCAGGAGUCUGCCUUAUCGAUCCAUCGGUCAGCCGUACGUGGCAUACUACGGACUUAUCUGGACGGCGGUAAUGGCCGUCGUAGGCGGCUACACCGUCUUCCUGCCUGGAUCAUGGGAAGCUUCGACAUUCGUCUUUUCUUAUUUCAUGAUCUUCCUGACGCCGGUGUUGUUCAUUGGGUGGAAGGUCAUCAAGAGGACGAAGUUCAGGCCUCUUGAUCCUACGUCGGUGGAUCUCAAGGGUGAGGUUGGUGAGAUUGAUGAGUAUACGCGGAAUUUCGUACAACAGCCGUACAAGAACUUCUUCGAUAAGUGGUUCAACAAGGUCUUUGGGGGUUGA